GCGCGGGCUUCAUCUGAGGGCACCGGCCUGCGCCGGGAGCUGGGAGCGCCGGGGCGCGGGGCGACUAGCGGCCGGCGGCUAUGGGCCGCGGUUGGGGCUUCCUGGGCGGCCUGCUGGGCGCGGUGUGGCUGCUCGCGUCGGGCCAGGGCGGACAGCAGGCUCCGGGGACCGCGGCGCAGCGCUGCUUCUGCCAGGUUAGCGGUUACUUGGACGAUUGUACCUGUGAUGUUGAAACCAUUGAUAAAUUUAAUAACUACAGGCUUUUCCCAAGACUGCAAAAACUUCUUGAAAGUGACUACUUUAGAUAUUACAAGGUAAACCUGAAGAGGCCGUGCCCUUUCUGGAAUGAUAUCAGUCAGUGUGGAAGGAGGGACUGUGCUGUCAGGCCUUGUCAAUCUGAUGAAGUUCCUGAUGGAAUUAAAUCUGCGAGCUACAAGUACUCUGAAGAAGCCAACAAUCUCAUUGAAGAAUGUGAACAAGCUGAACGACUUGGAGCAGUGGAUGAAUCUCUGAGUGAGGAGACCCAAAAGGCUGUUCUUCAGUGGACCAAGCACGAUGACUCUGAGGACAACUUCUGUGAAGCCGAUGACAUUCAUUCUCCUGAUGCUGAGUAUGUAGAUUUGCUCCUUAAUCCUGAACGCUACACGGGUUACAAGGGACCAGAUGCUUGGAAGAUAUGGAAUGUCAUCUACGAAGAAAACUGUUUCAAGCCACAGACAAUUAAAAGACCUUUGAAUCCUUUGGCUUCUGGUCAAGGGAAAAGUAAAGAGAACACUUUUUACAGUUGGCUAGAAGGACUCUGUGUAGAAAAAAGAGCAUUCUACAGACUCAUAUCUGGUCUACAUGCAAGCAUUAAUGUGCAUCUGAGUGCAAGAUAUCUUUUGCAAGAAACUUGGUUGGAAAAGAAAUGGGGACACAACAUUACGGAAUUUCAGCAGCGGUUUGACGGAAUUUUAACUGAAGGAGAAGGUCCACGAAGGCUGAAGAACUUGUAUUUUCUUUACUUAAUAGAAUUAAGGGCUUUAUCUAAAGUGUUACCAUUUUUUGAGCGCCCAGAUUUUCAACUCUUCACUGGAAAUAAAAUUCAGGAUGCAGAAAACAAAAUGUUACUUCUGGAAAUACUUCAUGAAAUCAAGUCAUUUCCAUUGCAUUUUGAUGAGAAUUCAUUUUUUGCUGGAGAUAAAAAAGAAGCACAGAAACUAAAGGAGGACUUUCGACUGCAUUUUAGAAAUAUUUCAAGAAUCAUGGACUGUGUUGGUUGUUUUAAGUGUCGACUGUGGGGAAAGCUUCAGACUCAGGGUUUGGGUACUGCUCUGAAGAUCUUGUUUUCAGAGAAACUGAUAGCAAAUAUGCCAGAAAGUGGACCCAGUUACGAAUUCCAUCUAACCAGACAAGAAAUAGUAUCAUUAUUUAAUGCAUUUGGAAGAAUAUCUACAAGUGUGAAAGAAUUAGAAAACUUCAGGAACUUGUUACAGAAUAUUCAUUAAAGAAAACGACUUGAAAUGUGCCUGUUUCUGGACAGUGGAGGCCAAAGAGUGGAAUUUGAUUCAAAGGCAUCAUAGCAAUGACAGUCUUAAGCCAAACAUUUUAUAUGAAGUUGCUUUUGUAAAGGGAGAAUUAUAUUGUUUUAAGUAAACAAUUUUUAAAUCGUGCUAAGUCUAUGUAUAAUAAUUGUGAAUAAAAGUAAUACUUUAAUGUACAAAUUUUAAAGUUCAGUGUUGAAUAAAAGCAGGAUUAUCAAUUUCGUAUAUGAUAAAAUUAAGUGAAUGAUGUUUUAAGUCUCAGACUAGAGUUUUGUGUAAGAUGUAAUGUAAAUAAAACUGUGGCAAAUGUGAUAAGCAUUUAAUAGGAAAUUGCUAAGGAGGCUCGUGAAUGAUCCAUAAUUAACAACCCAGAAUCUUUCAAUACACUGAGGGUUGGUACAUUUAGCAAAUAAAAACAAAGAAUGCCCAGUUAGAUUUGAAUUUCAAGUAAACAACUAGUUUCUUAAUAGAAGCAUGCAAUAUUUGGGACAUACUGAAAAAUUAUUCAUUAUUUGUUUGAAAUUCAAAUUAAACUGGGAGUCUUGUGUUUUAUCUGCAACAUGAGAACACUGGCAUGAAGCAAGUCACUUCUAGAAUUAAAUUGCUAUUGUGACUGGGUUGUUUGCAUGUAAUAAGGUACAAUCACAACUCAAAGGCAUAUAGGAUUUCUAAACAUUGUGAAAAGUUGAAUCGAUUAUAUAUUUAUUCUCAUCAUACUUUCCCUAAUACUGAAUAAAAGUAGGAGGAAACCUUUUACUUUUAUAUAAUUUCAAAUUCACAGAAGAAUUUCAGAAGUAUUAGUAGUAUAAAGAGCUCUUUUACCUGUUUGUGUUUCUCUGUCAUGCUCUCUGUGUAUAGACACACCCACCGUUUUUAUCUCAGUUAUCUGAAAGUCAGGUAUGUCCUUUUGACUCACAAUACUUCAGUGUGUAAUACUAAUUUCUAAAAAUUAUUUUCUCAGGAAAAAACUCCUCAAAUCUGGUAUUAUCAUAUUAUAAGCCUUAGAAUAAGGAAUCAUUUCAAGUUCCAAUCUCAAGUUCUUCUCACUUUGUUGCCCUUUUUAUGCUUGAUAUGAUAUCAUAGGGCAUGCAAUUUAUUUAAAAAAAUUUUAAUUGAGAAACAUUCUUUAGAGACAAGGAUCUUGUCAUGUUGCCCAGGCUGGACUCCUCAGCCUUCUGAUUAGCUGGGACAACAGGUGUGUGCCACCAUGCCCAGCUUAAUUUUUUUUUUUGUACAUGAAGUUCAUUUCCUUUGCCUCCCUAAAACUGAACCAUAAUUUUACGAGGUUUUCAUUAGUGAAAGCUCUUCAGUGAUAAAAAUAUUUGAAGGAUCAGGAAUUUAUGUCAUAUGGUAACCGUAGGGAAACAGAAAUUGUAUACCUCAAAAUCCUGUGCCCUUUUUAUAUAUGUCUUAGCAGCUACAUACAUAUGAUGUGUUGAGAUGUCACGUUAUUAGUAAAGCAGGGUUUAUUUAUAUAAUCAUUUAGAAAUGUCUCUUUAUAUUGCUGUAUACUUUUUCUUGUUUGUCCCUAAGGCCUGGUACAGUGCCAGGCACACAGUAUCAAAUAUGUGUUCAAUGAAUGUAUGAAUAUGUAUUCAGUGUAUUUUUAAAUGAAUAAUCACAGAACUAAGUUUAA